ACCGUCAGUUAGCCUGCUAGUAAGUUACACAAAAAUACAACACAUAAUACCACUCCAGGGUAAGACCCUUCAAUUCAAUAUCAGCGUUAAUUAACCUCCGGUUAUCUGACGUUUACCACAUUCGUGCUAACACCAUAGCAUGUUUUCUACGCGGGGUUUAAGACAUACAAACAUAGGUUGGUAGCUUUCUGCUCCACUUAACACAUGUGUAUUAUUGUGGCUAACUUUUAGCUAACGUUACGGUUCUCGGGAACUACAUUUGGUUGUAUUUUAUGUUUUUUGGCGUCGCUGCUUGUUAGGUCAGUUAAAAGUUAGCUUCUCCACCCUGGACCCAUCCUUCUAUAUCCACCCUGGCGUUCCCCUGUUACGAUGGCAUCUAUCUCCCAAAGGAAGAGAAUGAAUUCGUGCAUCAGGUCAUGGAGGAGCUGGAAACAUACCAGCAGAACAACAGCCAUGAGAGCGUGCUCCUGUUCCCGUCUCUACCCAGCAGACUGCGGUACCUGAUUCACAAGACCAUAGAAGACCUGCCAGAGCUCACCACCUUCUCAGUGGGAGAGAGCUGGUGUCGCAGGGUGGUGGUCUGCCACUCUGAGCUCAGGGGAGAGAUGGAGGAGGACAGGGACUUGGAGAGCAACAACAGCUUGUGUGAAGAGCCUCUAAAAAGUAGGGAGGAGGUGGAUGGUGUUGCCAAAUCUAAACCUUCACGCACAUCACGAAGCCGAGCACCUAAGAGGCCAGACAAACCUCUUUACCAGCCACGAGCUGCCCGGGAGAGACGGUCCCUGAAAGGCUCACAAGAUCCCACAUUACAUAUAGAGCCACCAAGUCCUGCCCCUUGUUGCAGUAGCUGCAUUAGUAGCUCAUCUGACUCUUGUUCCUGUCAUGAAACUACAGAAAACACUACGUCCUCAUCCACAUCCGGACAAGAACCACUCCACCAUGUAGCAGACAGUGUCCACAACCUUAUUGAGGACAGUUCAGUGCAUUGUGCUCUGGAAGAGAAACAAGAGAUGUUGCUGAGGUUGGAUGAAGCUGAGGCCCUUGUCUCGGACCAGACGGCAUCUUCCUUCACUGACAUGACUCUGGAGGACAAUGCUAGUGUGCCAAACAACACCCAGGUAGAGGACAGCACAGAUGCAGAUGAUGUAACUGAAGAGAUCAAGGUACACCUGAAAGAGGCAGUGUCCUUCUCCAUUGAACACGUCCAGAGCGACUUCUCUAUUUAUGAGAAUGUGUGCAUCAGUCCGGAAGGGUUUAGUCAUGUGAUCGAGAUCUAUGACUUCCCGCAAAUUUUCAAAACAGACGACCUGCUGGAUGCCUUCACAGAAUACAGUGAUGGUGGAAUGAAGAUCACGUGGGUGGACAACACACAUGCCCUGGGGGUUUUUGCCAGUGAAUCAGCAGCUCUCCAUGCGCUCUCCAUCUCCCAUCCACUGCUGAAGGUACGAGCACUGGCUGAAGCGAGUAAAAAAUCCAAAGGCAAAGCCAUGCAACGAGCAGAGUCUAUCCAGCCUGUGAAGGAACGCCCCAGGACAGACUGUGCUGUCGCCAGGCGGAUGGUGACCAGAGCCCUGGGGCUGCAGGCACGAGGCAGAGUGCCGCGAUACUGAAGAGAAGUGCUCACACUGGUGACAUCUACAGAGAUGUUCUACAGCUGACAUCAUGAGCAUGACUACCGUCCAACAUCAUCAACAUCCACCCUGAUCGAGGGGUCCUGAAUCCCCACCAGCCUCAAAGUUGUUGUUCUGCAGUUAAACCUGACCCCCCAAUCUUCAGACAUUACUGUUGUGGUUCCUGUUGUUCACUGGGUCACUAAUAAUACGACAAUGAUAAAAGUGUUGAAGAGCGAGUGAAAUAUGAAACAUUCAGCUGCAAACAGACUGAUUAGAAGUAGCUGGUACAUCUGUUUUGAGUUGAUUGCAUGUUGCCUUUAAACUAAAGUAAGUUUAACAGUUGCUUAAUUUCUUGACAGGGAGUUUUAUUUUUGUUCUCCCCCUGCCCAGUUCAUCCAGGAUUGGUUGAAUAAUCCAGUGUUAGUAGCAAUUAUUAUAUUGUAACUUAAUAUCAAAUUUCCCCACAGAUUCUUUCUCAGGAUUGGUUACAGAAAUCUAUUACAUUAUACGCUGAAGUUAUAGAUAGAUUUUUAUAUGGAGUGUAAACAGAUUUAAUGUAAUGUAGAUCCAUUACGUCCAAAAGAGACACAGGUAUAAAGAAGAACACAUGUAACAAGCAAUGUUUUACUGGACUUCAUAGGUAUUUUCUGAUGUUUUAGUUCAUGAAAAAGUGUAGUUUUAUUUUUGGUAAAAAAGUUGCAAUAUAUGACUUGUUGAUAUUUAAUUUAUUCGGAAAAGCUAAAAAAAUAUAUUUCUUGUUGCCUCAGAAGGGAAGAGUUCAAGUUGUUUCUUACAUCAUAUUACAGAAAACUUAAGCGUGUGUAUUGGAAGCUUAAAUGUUCAGCCCUCUGUUCAUAUUUUUUGUCAUUUAGCGAACGACUUGACAUCAGUCCUCUGUAAGAAGUGCAUAAAGAGACAAUUUAUAA